UCAAGCUGAGGGCGACGAUGGUGAGCAGCACGUGAGGACGAAGGCUGGCCGUCGUCGAGCAGCGCUCUGGCCGUCAGCGUCGCCCCACCACCAUCGCCGAGGCCGCGACGCAAGAUGAUCCCUGCUGCGAGAUGAGGACGGCUGGGCACAGCAGCGGAUGCGCAGCGCCGUGUCAGGCCAGGAGUCGCGCCUUGAUGAGGAAGCCGAGCCGCCGUCGGCCAUGGCUGUGCAAGCUCAGGACACUGCCGAGCAGGCGUGAGCAGAUGACGACAGCCGCGGCGGCACAGCUCGUUCUAGGGCGCCGGCCGGCUCCCAGCCAAUGGCCGAGAUGGCGAGAUGCGAUCGAUCGUACCUUCCCCGCACUUGACGCCGGCGAGCACUCCCGGCAGGGACGAGCUCGGGCCGGGACCCCUGAGGGCGGCCCACUCAGGGACACGAAGGCACAUGGCAACGCGAUCCCCUGCUGCUGGCCGUGUGAGAGGCUCUCGCACGGCGCGCCAUGCAAGCCCGAUCGUGUCACUGGAGCCAAGCAUCGACGUAGAGAGCCGAGCGUCGAUAUGGCACACGGCCAGGCGUCUCCAGCGACGCCGUCUCGACGGCAAAGCGAGCAUUACCAGAACAACCUCACACGCAGACCUCGCGCUGCGGGCGGGCGGAGAGAUGAUUGCUACCACCGCUCCAUGUCUCUCGGCCGCAGCUCCUCCUCAUCUCUUCUCGGCCUUCUGUCGCUUGCGCCAUCCUCCCGACGCGGCCGCUUCCCGUUCCGAUCGCCAUACUCGCGCUUCUCCACAAAGUCGCGUCCACGGCGCUGCGCCUCACGGCCGUCGGGCGCGCCCCACGCCUUGUCGGCGGCGUCGGCGGCGCGCGGGUCGAGCGUCACGUACUCGUCGUACGCGUGCUUGUCGCCGUGGCCGCGCAGCGUGGAGGUCGAUUGCAGCCUGUACCAGUCGUUGAGCAAGGAGACGUGAAGCAGCGUGAGAGGACUCACUUGUGGUUGCGCCAGUCGCCCGCCUGGUCUGCCUCCUCGUCUGAGGCGCCGUACUCGCGCCAUC